CUAAGUUUGACCGCACCUUCGAUGACCGUCUGGAUGACUACACGCUUGAUUUCGACAAAUUGUCCAACCUGCAGUCUGAUGUAGAUGAUGAUAGGGAUACGGGCUUUCUUUCGGAUUUGAAGUCAUCGCGGGAGGAUAAGACAUUGUCGGAUGUUGGUGGUCCAGAUGAUUUUACGGCAAACAUGGACAAGUAUCUGUUUGGUGAGGUGGGUCCGAUUGGGAAGCACUCGGCUGUUGAUAAAGAUGAAGAGAACGGGAAAGUGACGGCGAAUAAUACCCAGGAACACAGUUCCUCUAAACCAUCACAGGAUCAACCUGCUGCCGGAGAUGAAGCAGAGUUGGGGGAAUAUAGUGAGUUUGGUCCGCCGAUUGACAUGUCUACUCCGUCGCAUCUAUUGCGCAGAGACGGUGUGCUAGCGAAGGGCGAGGCACGGCUGGAGGAAAUCGAAGAGGACCCUACGGAUAGCAUGGGCAAGGCUGCAUCUCAAUCCUUCAAAAGGCGGAAUUCUGCUUUUGGUAAUGCCAGGGUCGAUGAGACGGAUGAUGACCUACGUCGACAGAUUGCCGAUUUGCAACAAGCAUUAAAAGAUCGAGAUGAGCAGCUUGAACUAAGUCGCCAGCAGGCAUCCUCGUCGGCGGAGCAAAUUAGACAACUCCGGGUGGAGUUACGAAACAAAUCGACCUUGCUGGAAGAACUACGCUCAAGGAACAGUGAAGAGAUUCUACUACGGGAGCAGAUUCAAUUUCUGCAGAAGCAAUGCGACGAGAAAGAGUCAAUCUUGCAAAAGUCGACGCUGGGUGUGUCCGAAGUCAAUUCUCUCAGGGAACAGAUAGCCGAUGUCCAGAAACACAUACAGGAAAUGCAAAAGCAACUGGAGACCCAACAUGGCGAUAUACAGAAACAAUUGCAAAGCCAACGUACACUUUCCAACUCGGACGCGGAAAGUUCAGAGGUCGCCGCAUCUCUCCGCCAGCAGUUAAGUUCGACCCAAGAUCUGUUGAAAAAAAGGGAUGGCAUCCUAGAAGAGACCGUUGCGAAGCUAAAGGAGGUCACCGCGGCAAAGGAGCAACAGUUACAAGAGAAAAACAGCGACAUCGAUGAUCUGAAAGCGCAGAUUGAGGACCAACUUCUAGAUAUUGAGCGACUGGAGACGGACAUCGAACAAGCAAAUACAGAUUAUCGGGAUCUGGAGAAGAGAAUCCUGACCCUGGAAAACAAGCACCGCCCGCUAGAGGAGAGGAAUAUGAGCUUGGAGGCAGAGAUGGCCGCUCAACAGAACGCCCUCAAAGCCGUCGCUGCCGAUCUCCCAAUCCAAACCGGCGGAAACACAUAUGCGGAAAUCCUGGAUUUGAUCAAAGACCUAUGGCAGUCAGACCCAUCUCAUACAACACAAUUGCAUCCGACAGAGACAGAGCUGCGCCAGUCGCGACAGGAUCUCGUACAACUGAAGGUGGAACUUGAAGAGGCCAACUCUACCAAGUCGGCUGCAGAUGCAGAGUUAGCUCGUUUUAAAGAGCAAGCAAGCGAAACACAAGCUCUCAUUGACACUGUCGAGAGGGAAAAUUCCCGCUUAACCACCCGCGUCGACGAGUUGAAUUCGAGCUUGGAAAAGCUUCAGCUCGAGCAUGCAGAAGCCAUGAACAAGCUCAAACAUCUCCAGGAAGAGAAAAGAAGCACACAACAACAGCCGAGCCCUCCGCCAUCACCUCCCCAGCAGACUACUCAAAUUGCCGCAGUCCUGGAAGAAUCUCACCGGGCACAAUUAAGAAGCCUUGAAAAUGCCCACGCCACGACUAUCUCUGAACUCCGCGCUUCCCACGCAGACGUAACUCACAGGCUCCAGGACCGGCUCAUAGCAGCAGAGAAGCGUGGAUCGGUUCUGGAAACUCAAUUGGAGGCCCUUCGUUCCUCAGCCACUGCACAAGAAGCGCAAUUGCAGGCUCUCAAUGAAGAAAUCAAGAGGCUUGAGUCAGUUAUUGCAGUGAAGGACGAGGCGGCAGCCGCGGUAGACCAGCGCAUUGCAUGGUCUGUAGAGAAGCGAGAGAAAGAGUGGCAGCGUCGCGUGGAUCUUCUACUUAGGGAUAGGGAUCGCAUGGGCAAGGCCCUUAUGGUGAGUUGGGCGGAAAAGGAAUCUGGUGAAACUAAGAUGAACAAACUUGGUGAGGGUAAGGAUGCAGAUGGGCUUUACUAUCGGUACAAGUACGCCCAGAAGCAUGACAUGAAGAAGGCUUGAGAGAGUUCUGUACGAGGUUUCUUUUCGUCAUUUUUUGGUUUAGGCGUUCAGCGGUCGGUUUAGGCGCCCGUGGAAUUGGCGCUCAUCUUUCAGUUUCUGGUACACUGGUUAGAAAUGGGAUGGACGAGUGAACUUACGUCCAAUGUAUACACUGGAAUUCUCCUUGGCUGAUUUGGCCCAUAAUCGGUAUCCUUUCACAUCCGCAGGGUUCAGACUCUAGAGCGAAUAUCAAAUCUUUGCCUUAUCCUACUGCCAUGCCAUGCCGGC